GGGCUGGGCCGGGCCGGGCCGGGGGGCGGCGGCGCUGGAUCCGCGGCUGCACGAUCGUUGGCGGGAGAUGUCGAACCCUGGGACGCGCAGGAACGGCUCCAGCAUCAAGAUCCGUCUGACAGUAUUGUGUGCCAAGAACCUUGCAAAGAAAGACUUCUUCAGACUCCCCGACCCGUUUGCAAAGAUUGUGGUGGACGGAUCUGGGCAGUGCCACUCAACGGACACUGUGAAAAACACAUUGGACCCAAAGUGGAACCAGCACUACGAUCUAUAUGUUGGGAAAACUGAUUCUAUAACCAUCAGCGUGUGGAACCACAAGAAAAUUCACAAGAAGCAGGGAGCUGGCUUCCUGGGCUGUGUGCGGCUGCUGUCCAAUGCCAUCAGCAGAUUAAAAGAUACUGGAUACCAGCGUUUGGAUCUAUGCAAACUAAAUCCCUCAGAUACUGAUGCAGUUCGUGGCCAAAUAGUGGUCAGUUUACAGACACGAGACAGAAUAGGCACUGGAGGGUCUGUGGUAGACUGCAGAGGACUGUUAGAAAAUGAAGGCACCGUGUAUGAAGACUCCGGGCCCGGAAGGCCACUCAGCUGCUUCAUGGAGGAGCCAGCCCCGUACACAGAUAGCACCGGUGCUGCUGCUGGUGGAGGGAACUGCAGGUUUGGGGAAUCCCCAAGUCAAGAUCAAAGACUUCAGGCACAGCGACUUCGAAAUCCUGAGGUCCGAGGGUCACUCCAGACGCCUCAGAACCGACCACAUGGCCACCAGUCACCAGAACUGCCCGAAGGCUAUGAACAAAGAACAACAGUGCAGGGGCAAGUUUACUUUUUGCACACACAGACUGGAGUUAGCACGUGGCACGACCCCAGGAUACCAAGAGACCUUAACAGCGUGAACUGUGAUGAACUUGGACCACUGCCACCAGGUUGGGAAGUCAGAAGUACAGUUUCCGGGAGAAUAUAUUUUGUAGAUCAUAAUAACCGAACAACCCAGUUUACAGACCCAAGGUUACACCACAUCAUGAAUCACCAGUGCCAACUAAAGGAGCCCAGCCAGCCGCUGCCAUUGCCCAGUGAGGGCUCUGUGGAAGAUGAGGAGCUUCCCGCCCAAAGAUACGAAAGGGAUUUAGUCCAGAAACUGAAGGUCCUCAGACACGAACUUUCACUUCAGCAACCCCAGGCCGGUCAUUGCCGCAUCGAAGUGUCCAGAGAAGAAAUAUUUGAGGAGUCUUAUCGCCAGAUAAUGAAGAUGCGACCGAAAGACUUGAAAAAACGACUAAUGGUGAAAUUCCGUGGGGAAGAAGGUUUGGAUUAUGGUGGAGUGGCAAGGGAGUGGCUUUAUUUAUUGUGCCAUGAAAUGUUGAAUCCCUAUUAUGGACUCUUCCAAUAUUCUACAGACAAUAUUUACAUGUUACAAAUCAACCCAGAUUCUUCAAUCAACCCUGACCAUUUGUCUUAUUUCCAUUUUGUGGGUCGGAUCAUGGGUCUGGCGGUGUUUCAUGGACACUACAUAAACGGGGGUUUCACAGUUCCCUUCUACAAGCAGCUACUGGGGAAACCCAUCCAGCUCUCUGAUUUGGAAUCGGUGGACCCAGAACUACAUAAGAGCUUAGUGUGGAUUCUAGAGAACGAUAUCACCCCCGUGCUGGACCACACCUUCUGUGUGGAACACAACGCUUUCGGGAGGAUUCUUCAGCAUGAACUGAAGCCCAACGGCAGAAAUGUUCCUGUCACGGAGGAGAACAAGAAAGAAUAUGUCCGGUUAUAUGUAAAUUGGAGAUUUAUGAGAGGAAUUGAAGCCCAAUUCUUAGCUCUUCAGAAAGGGUUUAAUGAGCUCAUUCCUCAACACUUAUUGAAGCCUUUUGACCAGAAGGAACUCGAGCUGAUCGUCGGUGGCCUGGAUAAGAUAGACUUGAACGACUGGAAGGCUAAUACCCGGCUGAAGCACUGCGCAGCUGACAGCAGCGUCGUCAGGUGGUUCUGGCAGGCUGUGGAGACCUUCGACGAGGAGAGGAGGGCCAGGCUCCUGCAGUUUGUGACAGGAUCCACCCGUGUCCCACUCCAAGGCUUCAAGGCCUUGCAAGGUUCUACAGGCGCCGCAGGGCCCCGGCUGUUCACCAUCCACCUGAUCGACGCCAACACAGACAACCUGCCAAAGGCCCACACCUGCUUUAACCGGAUCGACAUUCCACCUUAUGAGUCUUAUGAGAAGCUCUACGAGAAGCUGCUAACAGCAGUGGAAGAGACCUGUGGGUUUGCUGUGGAGUGAAGAGCAACCAAAGGCAACAGAUUCUAGCUCAUGACCGCCAGACCAAAAGCAUAUCGCUUUCUGCGCGCCUCCUGCAAAGCGGGCUGAGGCACUGGAAUUCUAGAUAACCUGAGGGAAAGGACUGUCUCCCCUCCUUUUCACUGGGGGAGCGAAAGGGGCGGGGGGACUUUGGUUGGUGGCUCCCACCCAUAUUUUCCUCCUUUACGACAGUACUCCCACCCCCUUCCAUCACCCAUCCAAUAAAGUACAGCCAGGUUUAGAUUUGGCUUCGGUCACACAGGAUAUUCUCCGGUUGUAGCACGGUGACAGGCUCACGGCCCUGUGCUCUUUAUAGGAGUGUCGACCUGCAGUUAUGGAACCGAGCUUGGCUUACUGAGGGUUUGUAACUCGUAGCUAUCCCAGCUUUUCUGCCUCAAAACAAAUUCCAAAUUUCACAUCCUAGCAGCCUGCUCUGGGUAGCAGAUUAAAUUCUACCUGAAAAGUAACUGUAUAAUAUAUAUGCUUAUUGGAAUUCUGCCACAGCAGGAAGCUUGAGUCCAAAAUGUGCUUCCCUUUUAGAAAGGUAAAGGAAUUGGGGGACAGCAUUAGCUGGAGGCCCAGGGUAGGUCUUUUCAGGGUAUCCUGGUUGAAAAUUUUGUUUUACUUAGAGAAAAAUGAUCUUUCCUUUGAAGAGCCCCUUUUGCCGCAUUAUCUAUCCAGUUCGAAAUAUUUUUCCAAUGAAAAUACCACAUAACGAAGCUUAUGAAAGAGCAGGCCAAAACCAGCCUCAGCUCCCAAACUGUGGCUUCUGCUACCACCUGUACUAGAUGAGUGGCAACUGAGCCACUUGAAUACUAACAAACUAUCGUGCGGAAAUGUCUAAGAUCUAAACUAACUCAACAAAAUUCUGUUAUUCUAGCUGCGGGGGUGGUGCAAACUAGCUUAAAAGGGAGCGGGAAUACAUAACCGCGAUGACCAGAAUCCACGCCACAUUAGUUUUGCACAAAGGAAGGCAUGGAUGUAAACCUGACAGCAGAGGGGGACGCGUCCACCCUGACUCAUUCAGCCCAUUUCCCCAGUGUCAGAUGGUGACAGUAACAACUGCCACUCGAUUUACUUGCCCAGAUGUCUUCGUAUGAUGAGCAAGGCCAAAGCAAGCCUCGACCGUAAGUUUCUAACACCAUUUUCCAGUUUGCACAAAAGUUCACACAGUGUUUUAACUAAGCGGCUUGAUUUCGGAUAGCUGAACUUCAGUGGACAAUGGCAGCAGCAGCAAGCUCUCCUGUCUGGUUUUUUGUUGUUUUUGUUUUGGGGGCAAGUGCAGGAUAAUUCCUUAGCAAGACAUUUCACUGUUGAAAUUUUGCUGUUGAAAAUUUUGAGUUAAGCGUUGGAAUCCAGCUGUGGGUCUGAGAUGGGUCUGGAAGGAGCGUUUGGACGACCGUUUCGCUGUUCUUUCUGUUACUAACACCAGUAGACUGGCGGCAUGGAGCGUACUCACCGUGCUGCGCUUGCGCGCUCCUUGGCUUCCCCAGCAGCCGUCUGCCCUUCGGCGCGGGCAGCGCUCGGCCCUCUUAGGAGAUAGACCCGCCCCCUGCGCUGAGCUUUGCCCAGUGGGGGCCACGGGUCACUAGCCGUGGGUUCCAGGGGCUGCGAGAGAGCCUAACUUCUGUACUGACUGGGGAUCUAGAUAGAAGGGGUGUCGAGCGUGAUCUGCCACAGAAGGAAAACUUAGUCCACUCAUGAAGUCCAGGUGGAACGGUGGGCUGGCUCUUUCCAGAGUUGGGCUUUGCCCCAGUUGGGCUUAUCCUGUGUCUCAUUUACCAUGAUACAUACCGAGGGCAUUCUAGAAGCUGGCUCCCCACUGAUUCCAUCCAGUCCUCCCUCGUAAUCUUCCUGUGGACAUGAGGAAAUGAAAAUACCGACCUCCCACCAGAUAGGUCUCAUCUCACGUGGUGGGAGAAGACCUCCACCAGAGAUCUGAAAGUGGGAAGACCCACCCGACUUUUCCCGUGGUGGUGAUCAAAAUCUGUAGUAAUUAGGAAGGAAACGAGGGUUGAGUGGCUGGAAAGACUUGGAAGCAGGCACGUGGCGUUUGACUCCUUCCUGCUGUUGGGAGCGUGCAUGAGCCUCAGAACCCGCAGCCCACGCUGCUCUCGCGUCACGUGUCUCCCCAGUGAGAUCCAGAGGGUCGUGUCCUGCUCCUGCAGGGGCUGCUCAGGACGCACCGGUUUCCCGCCAGUAAGGCCUGGCUCUCUGCUUUCCUCCUUCCGCCGCACGUGGCACGCCCAUCAGCUGUGCGUGUCACCCGGGCGCCUGAAAGAGCAGAGCUUUCCAGAGCUCCGUUUACUUUUGCCACACGCGGGCCUGCCCGUCAGCGGCACUGCACUUCUAGAAGUUGAAACAUCCGCAGUGAUUUGGGCCUUUGAUCCACCCCAGAGAACAGUGUAGCUCCCGAUCUGCAGGAACCCCGUCCACACGUGCACCCGCGCCGGUCACCCCUCUCGGAGAUCCCAGACACCCACCCUGCCCGCCCCCUCGCCUCUGCCCAGAUGCCUCAGGGGCGCAACUUCCAGGCUUGCCCUCGCCAGCGGUCAGCAGCCGACCCUCAGGGAUGUAGCGAACCACCGCUCUGCCAGCGCUUUGGGGAGGAAACGUGGAGGGGCGGCCUGGGGGACAGUGACUUGCUCAUGACGUCUGCAGGGAGAUUCCGCCCGCGGGACGGAACCGUGGCCCCGGAACCUGCUCCGCCGAACGCUCGGCGUUCAGGUGGGCGGCCCUCAGGUCCGCUGUCAGGACGGGCUUCUGCAGCCGGGGUGUGCCACGCGCUCGGCAGCCUUCCCGAAACAUAGUAUGAAUUUUUUAAAUUUGUUUAUUUUUGUUUCUCAACCACUUUAUAAUGUAUUUUUUAAUUUAUUUUGUAAUGUCUUGUUUUUAAGUAUUGCUGCUAUCCUUGUUAUUCUUCCCACUGUUUUUAUUGCUGAUUUACUUUGUGAAAGUUGUACACUAAUGUUCUGUUUUAUGUCAAAAUCAAAAGUAUUUAAAGAAAUACUAGUUCUAUUUAAUGUGGUUAUGGAACCAGCUGGAAAUACAAAACAAACAGUGAUUGUACAGCAGGCUGGACCCGGGAGGUCAGGUUCAUUUUGUUACAUAUGCAAUAAACUCACAACUUUACAUUU